AUGAUUAUUUAUCUAUCUCCAUUUAUUUACCUAUCGAUCAAACUAUUCCCGUUUAUCUACACAUUUCCACCCAUCUCCCUUUUUCUAUUUCUGUUUAUCAAAGUAUCCAUUCAUCUAUCACCCUUUAUCUGUUAUCUAUCUUUUCAUCUACCUCCUUUUAUCUGUUAUCUAUCUAUCUUUUCAUCUAUCACCCUUUAUCUGUUAUCUAUCUUUUCAUCUAUCACCCUUUAUCUGUUAUCUAUCUUUUCAUCUAUCUCCCUUUAUCUGUUAUCUAUCUUUUCAUCUAUCACCCUUUAUCUGUUAUCUAUCUUUUCAUCUAUCACCCUUUAUCUGUUAUCUAUCUAUCUUUUCAUCUAUCACCCUUUAUCUGUUAUCUAUCUUUUCAUCUAUCUCCUUUUAUCUGUUAUCUAUCUUUUCAUCUGUCUCCCUUUAUCUGUUACUGUUUAUCUAUCUAUAUAUCAAUCGAUCUAUUUACCUUUAUCUAUGUAUCUAUUCAUCUAUCUCCCUUUAUCUAUUUCUGUUUAUCUAUCUAUGUAUCUAUCAAUCAUCCUUUAUCUAAUUAUAUAUUUCCUUUUAUCUCUCUCUCUCUCUCUCCCCAUUUAUUUAUCUAUUUCUGUUUAUUUAUCUAUUUCCAUCUAUCUCUCUAUCUAUUUAUAA